AUGAGUAUUUUAAAUUGUCUUGAUAUAGUUUAGCAAAUUGCUAAAUGUAUUCUAUAAAAGAGGUACAAAUAAAAGGUAGAUAUGAAUUUUAACCUUGAAUGUAACUUAAUAAGAAAGAGAUGGAAUUAAGAUGGAGAAAAUAAUUUAGCAAUUCAAUUUUAUUUGAAAAAAUAAUUGAAACCAUAUUUAGUAGAGGAAUGGAAUAUUUUAUGCAAUUUGCAAUAAAUUAAUGAAAAUUCUUAGUAAUUUUUUGAGAAAUGCAUUGAAUUAACAUAAUUAACUCCAUUAUAAUAAAAAUAAGAUAAUGAAAUAGAUCAUAUCAUUCAUUUGAAUGAGAAUAAAAGUACAGAUUGGAUUGAUCCAAAUUUGAUAGCCACAAUGUAAAUUAAAUUAUCAAAUAAAAUGACAGUAAACGUUGCAUAUUUAUAAAAAUUUGAUCCAAUUGAUUAAAAGGAGAAAAUAUCAAUAAAUGAAUUUAAGUCUUUUAGAAGAGAUAGAUUUCUUUCAGAUGAUUUACAUACAUAAAAUGGUAAUAUAUAUAUAUAAUAUUAUAUAUAGAUUCUCAAUUACGAAAGACUAGUUUUCAUGAUUUAGAUGGUCUUAGAAAAUAUAAAAAAAAUCAAGCUAUCAUAACAUAAGCAAUUCAUAGGAAAAAUGAUUCUAUUUGUAAUAAUAAUUAUGAAAUUAGCCUCUAAUUCAAGUAAAAAUAAAUAAACACAGUUAUUAACAAUAAUUAAUAAAAAAGAUGAUGUAGAAAUUCUAUCAUCAGCUGAAGAUGCAUAAAAAAUAAUUGAUUAGGAUGAAAAUGGUGAUUAUGAAAUAUAAAUGAUAAUUGAUGAAUAACCAAUGGAUAAAGGAUAAACUGUAAUAAUUAAAUCAAUUUCAUAAAUGCAUCCUGUAACAGAUUUAAUUCUUAAAAUUCGAGAGAAAAAACAUCACUACAGUUAAUAAUUAAAUGAAACUUUGAGUUUUAUUAAAAGUUACACAUGA